AUGGGACAUCUCUAUGAAUUUCUAACAGACAAGGGUAAAAGUACAAUGACAAACAAAGACCGCCAAAUUACUCCCCCACCAAAAGGUCCUCCAGCUGAUGGAAUGUAUGGUGUUAUCUCAGGCGGAUCAGAAGUAAGUAGGGUGAGUUACUCAUCAGCAAAGCGCCAUGCCCGGGCUGCAGCUAACCCACAGUUCCAACAUUCAAGCCAAUAUACAAAAGCCACCAACCUAACCAUAAAGUUCAUGCAUAACGAGGCAAUGACACUUUUGAACCUUCAUCAUGACGCACUCAUGAUUACCCUCCAGAUUGCUAAUAUCAUUGUCAAGAGGAUCUUGAUAGACUUUGGCUACUCAACAAACGUUAUGUUCCUUGAAGCAUUCAAGGUAAUGGGGCUAGAUGAGUCUAGCAUCAACCGUCGCCCAACUAUUACCGUGGGAUUCAACUCAAAACAAAAGUACACUAUCGGAGAUAUUGCCCUGCCGGUCUACACUGAAAGGUUCAACCAUCAAACCACCUUCAUGAUAUUAGACGCCCCCUCACCCUACAAUGUGAUUCUCGAUUGGCUAUGGAUUCAUAGCAUGCAGGCUAUGCCCUCAACUUUCUACUAG